UUGAAAUUUGAACCUUGCACCAUGCUUAAGGGAUAUGUUUAGCAUGCAGUAUUGGACAAUACAAUAAACAUGAUUUUAACCUUUUUUGUUCUUUAAUCUUUUCGAGUAAUAUUAUCUAGUCCCCCUUAACAAACAAACCACUUAAAGGUUUGGUCUUAGGUAUAGCACGUUAUUCGCUUCGUGGUGCUUACGUAGCAGGGUAAUAUAACAUCUGCAACAAAUGGUCGAGGACCGGUUCCAAAUGCUCCGUCCGAGGAAUCAUCUCAAGCUUCCUCAAACCAGCACAGGACACUGGAUUGGGAGAUGUGUCAAAAUCUAUUGGACGAGAGGAACUUCCUGCGGACCUUUUCACAUUAAAUCACAUGGCAUUGGCUUCAGCAGUUCCUAGUUGGCAAGUGCGUCCACCUCAUGGAAUGGGAUACGGCAUGCAAAUUUAUCCGGCUGCAAUGUCAAUGGAUCCUUCCCCGAAUUCUGCAAAGCCAAGAAACCCGUUUGAUCUUGGUGAUGAACGGCCACAAAUUCAAGCUGCAAUAUUUCCGUUUGUGGAAUCUUUGCACGGGGCUCUAACUAACAUGCCACCUCCGGUGGGUUUACAGCCUCAUCCAUCAUUGCCUUAUGCAUCAGCACUGGCUUCACAGGUUUCCCCUUAUGGGGUGAACAUUCCUGCAGGAGCAUACAUGGAGCAGCAAUCACUUGGUAACCCGCAACUUACUAGGUAUAUUUUGGAUUUCCGGAGAUUUGUUUUCAACAAUCUUGCAGUUUCUCAGCUAACACACAAUUUUGAUGGUUUAAGUUAUUUGCAAAAUCCUUGUUAGCAAAUGUACUAAACUAAUGUGACUUGGACAUCUGUAGAAGAAAGCACGGGUGACAUGUCUAGAGUUAAAUGAGGUAGCCGGCACUAGACUUCAAACGAAAUUUCAUGUUGGUGACAGAGCCUCAUUUUGUUUUAAGUUUGUAACUGAACAUAAAUUUUGUUCCAAUUUGGUCACUCCAUCUAUGUUCAAUAGUUUGACUAAUGGAAAAGGUGACGCGACAUUCUAAUUUUUUUCCCAUAAUGCUUAACUGCUUUCAGACAGGGGUGCUAAGUUUCAAGCAUAUUCAUUAAGUUUCUCAUUUUAUUUCACUUUUUGAGAUCCUUUGAUUUGUUCAAUGAUAACAAAUAAAGAAAUCCAACCCUGUUAUGUUUUUACUUCAUAAAUUGUUUACAGUUUUAGUUUGUUAUUGCAGACCACAAGAAGUUAGUCUUAACUUUGGCAGUGGUGAAGAUGCCUUGGCUGCCCUCAACCCCAUUCAAAAGUCCAAUGGAAGGGACUUGUCUCCUGCUCCACCUUUUCCAUCAAUUGGAGGAAAUCCAUUUGGAUAGUUUCUUGAACAUAUUGUUC